AUGGAUACACUGGCCCAGCCCUCAUCCAUCAAGUCUGAAGAAACCAUAGCCAAAGCUCCAUCAACAAUAACAACUCUCUUCUCCAACACCCGCCUAAUCCUCAGCAUCUCCCUCUUAUUCCGCGCAGCACUCCUCCUCUGGGGCGAAUACCAAGACACAAACUCACCCCUAAAAUACACCGAUAUCGACUAUCUAGUCUUCACCGAUGCCUCUCGCUAUGUGUUUCACAACCAAUCCCCGUACCUACGAGACACAUAUCGCUACACUCCCCUCUUAGCAUGGUUGCUCUACCCCACUGCAUUAGGCGGCCGCUGGUUUUGCUUUGGCAAAGCCGUGUUUGCGGUAGGGGAUGUGGUGACGGGCUGGUUGAUCUUUUUGCUGUUGAGGAAGCAAAUGCAGAGGGCAAAGGCGAUGCAGUAUGCGAGUAUUUGGUUGUUGAAUCCUAUGGUUGCGAAUAUAAGCACCAGAGGGAGCUCGGAGGGUUUGCUGGCUGUUAUCGUGGUGGGUAUGCUGUGGGCGGUGCAGACAGGGAGGGUCAGGUUGGGAGGUUGUUUGUUGGGUUUGGGGGUGCAUUUCAAGAUUUAUCCGUUUGUUUAUGCGGUUAGUAUGGUUUGGUGGUUGGAUAGAAGCAAGGCGGGUAGUUGGGAUGGGAGUGGAGGUGCGUUUGGUGGGCUUGUGAACAGGAAGAGGGUGCAGUUGGCGCUGUACAGCUUUCUGACAUUCAGUGUGUUGAACAUGGUCAUUUAUGGCAUGGAGUUUGUUCGUCACAGCUAUACCUACCAUCUCACUCGCAUCGACCACCGCCACAACUUUUCCGUCUACAACACUUUGCUUCACUUCAAGUCUGCUGUGGGCUCUUCUUCAGGACUGGGUGUUGAAUCUCUGGCUUUCUUCCCUCAACUUUUCCUUUCGGUGGUUGCUGUUCCUCUGCUGUUGGCAAAGAAGAAUUUGGCGAGCACCAUGUUGGCCCAGACGUUUGCGUUUGUCACGUUCAACAAGGUCUGCACAAGUCAGUACUUUUUGUGGUAUAUGGUCUUCUUGCCCUUCUACCUCCCAACUUCAUCGUUGAUUCGACAACCUAAACUCGGUUUCUCUGCUCUUGGUCUUUGGGUCAUCGGACAGGCUCUAUGGCUACAGCAAGGAUACAUGCUCGAGUUCCUCGGCAAGUCGACUUUUGUGCCAGGGCUCUGGGUAGCCAGUGUCCUCUUCUUCGGCAUAAACUGCUGGAUCCUGGGUAUUGUGGUGUCCGAUAUUGCACACCAACCUUCGAGCCCAUCCAUCAAGUAG